GGAUCUAUGACAGCUUCCCGGAAGUGGAGCAUAUAACGUUUUGUGUCUUCUGGUUUGUGAAGUGACGUGUGCACAAAACCCGGUCAAUGGUAGCGAAAAACACCUAGCACCCCUUGUUGGAUGCUACCGUACCGCUACAUAUUUUUAUAUUGCAAUAUUUAGAUAUUAUAAAUAUAUUUAUCACCAACUCGUAGUAAGUAACGGCGAACUAGAAGCAAAAUGUCAGCCAGUGCGGUUUACGUGUUAGACCUCAAAGGCAAGGUUCUGGUUUGCCGUAACUACAGAGGAGAUGUGGACAUGUCAGAGAUUGAGCACUUUAUGCCUAUCCUCAUGGACAGAGAGGAGGAGGGUAACUUAUCCCCUAUCCUGGCCCACGGAGGUGUCCGCUUCAUGUGGAUCAAACACAACAACCUGUACCUUGUAGCAACGUCUAAGAAAAAUGCUUGUGUCUCAUUGGUCUUCUCUUUCCUCUACAAAAUUAUUCAGGUUUUCUCAGAGUAUUUUAAGGAGUUGGAAGAGGAGAGUAUCAGAGAUAACUUCGUCAUCAUCUAUGAGUUGAUGGAUGAGUUGAUGGACUUUGGCUACCCCCAGACCACUGACAGCAAGAUCCUUCAAGAGUACAUCACCCAAGAGGGGCACAAGUUAGACACGGGGGGCCCGCGCCCCCCUGCAACCGUCACCAACGCAGUGUCCUGGAGGUCAGAGGGCAUCAAGUACAGGAAGAACGAAGUCUUCCUGGACGUCAUUGAGUCUGUUAAUCUUCUGGUCAGUGCGAAUGGUAACGUGCUGCGCAGUGAGAUCGUGGGCUCCAUCAAAAUGCGGGUGUUCCUGUCAGGGAUGCCCGAGCUGCGUCUGGGGCUCAACGACAAAGUUCUCUUUGAGAACACUGGCCGAGGGAAGAGUAAAUCAGUGGAGCUGGAAGACACGAAGUUCCACCAGUGUGUGCGUCUGUCCCGCUUUGAGAAUGACCGCACCAUUUCUUUCAUUCCUCCUGAUGGAGAGUUUGAGCUCAUGUCCUACCGCCUCAACACACACGUGAAGCCCCUGAUCUGGAUUGAGUCUGUGAUAGAGAAACACUCCCACAGCAGGAUCGAGUACAUGAUCAAGGCUAAGAGUCAGUUCAAGAGGCGGUCCACAGCCAACAAUGUGGAGAUCCACAUUCCAGUUCCCACAGACGCCGACUCACCCAAGUUCAAGACCACGGUGGGCAGUGUCAAGUGGAUCCCAGAGAACAGCGAGGUCGUCUGGUCCAUUAAGUCAUUCCCGGGGGGUAAGGAGUAUCUGAUGAGGGCCCACUUCGGUCUGCCCAGUGUGGAAGCAGAGGACAAGGAGGGGAAGCCCCCCAUCAGUGUCAAGUUUGAGAUCCCCUACUUCACUACUUCUGGCAUCCAGGUGCGCUACCUGAAGAUCAUUGAGAAGAGUGGCUACCAGGCUCUGCCAUGGGUUCGAUACAUCACACAGAACGGGGAUUACCAGCUCCGAACCCAAUAGAAACUGCAGCAGGAAAGGGAAGGGCCCAUAUUUCUAUGGAUGGAACAUUGUUGGUCACAGAUGUGUAAUUACUUCUAGUCCUUUGUCAUGGACAUUUGUUGUCAAUUGACUUCAUUUGUUUUCUUUUCAAGUUUUGAAGUUUGUUUCAUGUUUAGUGCCAUAAUACAAAAAUUAUAUUCCUCUGAAAAUUCUAAAUAUACAUUUUUAUUUGGUUACAGUUGUGCUCUAAAAGUAGUGAGAUGUAUGAUAUUUCUAUAGUAGGUCAGUUGCAAAUAUUGAAUACAAUUGUUGAUACUCACCCCUUUUCCAUCUAAAUCACCUGCUUGCAAUGUGGUCAUAUAUUUUAAAGGUCAAUUUCAGGUGUUACAAGUUGAGUGUGACCAACGAAACAGUGAAGUGUUAUAAGAAGUUUAAUGUGAAUUUACACACAGCGUUCUUCAUUUAUCGGUUGUCCUGAUUACUUAGUGAUAACCUGAUGCAAGGUUGAAAAAGCUCUUCAAUAUAUUGUCUGGUCCGGAAUCAUCGGACAUCAUAGUCUGUAUGGCUGUUAUGAUGAGAGUAAGGUACAUUUGUGCAGAUCGAAGUGAGAAUGGUCAAACUAUAUAAUAAAAUAUUUGCCACACCA